GACUUCUCCUUCUAUCGCUCGCUUCCCCUAGCUAUCAUUAAAGGCGUUCACUCCAGCUCGUCUCCUCUAUCUCCCUCCGCGUUCUUAUCAGUCCGUUGUCCGCGCCUAGGCACCAAAGUCCAAAGCAACAGCGCCAUAGCUCGAUCUCGAUCCCCGGCGCAACGAAAGAGAAAGAAGCGGCGGCAGGUCAAAAGGUCGAUCAACUAAGGUGGAUCCUCGGAGGCAUGGGAAGAGGCCUCUACCCGCCGACGAGGAGGAGAAACCGCCGCCACCGCCGCCGUCAGCAGCCAAGCACGAGCAGGUGGAGGAGCAACAGUAUCACCACCUCAUCGCGCACGCGCUGCAACAACAAGGAGCUACCAGCGCCGCCGGAAGCUCGGGAGCAGAUGUGGCCGACCCGUCCCCGUCACCGGAGGCGUACGCGCAGUACUACUACGCGCGCGCCGACCACGACGCCACCGCCAUGGUGUCCGCUCUGUCCCACGUCAUCCGCGCCACACCCGACCAGGAACCAGCCUACUACCCCGCCGGACCCGCCGCUGUCUCUAGAGAACAGCAGCAUCAGCACGCUGCGGCCAUCGCAGAGGAACAAGAUGUGGCUGCAGGGAGGAAGCGUCACUACAGAGGGGUGAGGCAGCGGCCAUGGGGAAAGUGGGCGGCGGAGAUCCGGGACCCCAAGAAAGCGGCUCGUGUGUGGCUCGGCACCUUCGACACGGCUGAGGACGCCGCCAUCGCCUACGACGAAGCGGCGCUGCGCUUCAAGGGCACCAAGGCCAAGCUAAACUUCCCCGAGCGCGUCCAGGGACGCACCGACCUCGGCUUCGUCGUCACGCGCGGCAUACCUGACAGACUGCAGCAACAACAGCACUACCCCGCCGCCGUGGGGGCGCCGGCAAUGCGGCCGCCGCUGCACCAGCAGCAGGCCGUCGUGCCGUACCCUGACCUCCUGCGGUACGCGCAGCUGUUGCAGGGCGCUGGCAGUGCCGGGGGCGCUGUCAACCUGCCGUUUGGGGCCAUGUCGCCCCCGUCGAUGUCGUCCUCGUCGUCGCCCCACAUACUCGACUUCUCGACACAGCAGCUCAUCCGAGUGAGCCCGGCGUCCCCCGCGGCGGCAAUAUCAGGUUCAGCCACAACGGGGCCGUCUACUUCAUCUUCCACGACCACGGCAUCGUCGCCAGGUGCUGCAUGGCCGUACACUGGGGAGCAGAAGAAUAAUAAAGACUCGUGAGAGAUCAGUAGAUCGAAGGUGCUUGCGAUCCAUCGGGACAUGUCUUAGCAGUAGAUGAGGAAUUGCAUGCAUUCAUCAUGCAAUAUGGAGGGUAAGUGUUGGUCAUUUAAUUUUGCUGGUGAACAUUUCUUUUCUUCUUCUGAUCUUCAAAUUUGUUAUUCUAAAGCUCCUAUUUUGUUUA